ACCGCCAUCAACCUCUCUCCCCUCCCGCACAUCGUCACAUCACCCCAUCACACCAUCACAAUCAGCAAACCUCGAACACACACUCUCAACCAUCACCCACGCCAUAUCCACCACCCUCACCCACUUUGGCGCCUUGGACAUCGUAAUCAACAACGCGAGGCUACCUCCUCACCGGGGACAGCGAGUCCAUCCUCCUCUCCCGCGCCACCUCUCCCUUACCCAAGACCAAUUCCAGACAAACUUCUGGGGUCCACAGCCUUACUAACCUUACAUGCGGUUCGACACGUGCGGCAGUCUGGUGGUAAAAGGGGAGGGGGGGUGAUUUUGAAUAUAACCUCCAUCGGCGGCCGGCUUACCGCCCCUGGCAGCGCGUUUUAUCACGCGAGUAAAUUUGCUCUUGAGGGGUUUACAGAGAAUGUGAGAAAAGAGUUGAGGCCUGAGUGGAAUGUGAAAAUGGGGGUUGUUGAGAUGAAGGGAAUACAUUUCUUGGAAUCUCCGCUCGAUGGGUUCGGUGGUAGUUUAGUGUACUAG